UUUUAUAAAAAUUCUUUAAUUAAUGUAAAGAAAAAAAAACAAUAUACAUAUAUAUAUAGACGCAUAUAUAUAUAUAUAUAUUUGUAUAUUUAUAUAGACAAGUACGUACAUACUAUUUUAAAUAAAUUCUUCAUGUCAGCACAUUCAUCACUUCGUAGAAGAGGUACUGGUUCGACUUCAGCGGGACCCGAUUAUCCUAAUUAUAUUCCAUUAUUUCGAGAUACAAGCCAUACUCGUUGUGAGUUAGAACUCCCCAAAGAUAUAAAAGAAGAGAAUGAUAGGCUUCAUAUUCAACGGAAAGGCAGUUUUCAAAGUUUUUUCACCAAAAGUAGUAUACUCCAAACAACGAACACAAAUGAUGACGAUGAAGUCGAAGAUGUUAAGACUGAUGUAUUGUAUCCCCGUUAUAAGGCAAGUCAAGAUGAUGAUCAUGUCGAUAUGGAUGCCUUUCAAUGCAUGUUACAUGAAGGUACAUUACAACUUUCGAAAACACUCAGUCGUCAAAAUCAAUUAUAUAGUUCUUCAAGACAUGGGUUUGAUAUCACACAACCAACUCCUAUAGGUGUUCGUUUUCAGAUUUAUUCGGCACAAAAAGGUUCUGAUAUUUCAAUGAAUUUAGAAAAUUUGUUAACAGAAGAAGGCCAAAAGGCUUUAAAAGCAGUUAUUAAAUCAAGGGGAUGGUGGGUAGAUGUACUUUGCCCUUCUAUUGAAGAGAUGAGAGUCAUAAGUAAGACAUUUCAUAUUCACCCAUUAACAACAGAAGAUAUCCAAGCACAAGAACCUCGUGAAAAAGUAGAAAUAUUUCCAAAUUACACAUUUGUAUGUUUUAGAGCUAUUGAAGUUGAUCCAUUUACAGAUCAAAUCAAGCCUUUUAAUUUUUAUUCUUUGAUUUUUAAAGAAGGGUUUUUAACUUUUCAUUUCAAAAAAUCUGAUUAUUGUAAUAUAGCCCGUCAACGAUGUAAUCAUUUAAAGGAGUAUAUCACAAUCACACCUGAUUGGAUGAACUAUGCUCUUAUUGAUUCUAUUACAGAUAGUUUUGCUCCUAUUAUUUCACAAGUUGAAAUGGAAGCUGUUUCUAUUGAUGAACUUUCUAUGGUGUUAAAGGAGACUGAACAAACAGACAUGUUAAAACGUAUUGGUCGUUGCCGGAAGAAAUCAACGCAUUUGGUUCGUUUAUUAGGUUCCAAGAUAGAUGUCAUUAAGAGUUUAAUGAAAAGAUAUGAAGAUAAAUCAAGAGAUUUGACUUUAAAAGAAAAGCAGCAACAGUCAUUCUUUACACAAUUGAAUCAUGCAUUGACUAACUUGGAAUCUGACAAAGAGCCUUUUUCUGAUACUGGUACAAAUAGUUACAAUGAAACCAAAACUAAUAGCGCUGAUACUACUUCUUCUCCAUCUUUAACAAUGAUCUUGGACAAUAAAAAGGUUUAUACUGAUACUUUAUUAUAUUUGGGCGAUAUUCAAGAUCACAUUUUAACUAUGGUUCAGAAUAUAAGUCAUUAUGAUCGAAUACUUCAUCGCGCACAUACCAACUACCUGGCACAAGUCAAUAUAGAACUCAUUCAAACUUACAAUCUAACAAAUGAGGUUAUGAACCGUCUUACCUUUCUAGCCACUGUCUUUAUUCCUUUAACUUUAAUUUGCGGUUUAUGGGGUAUGAAUGUCGCCGUUCCUGGUAAAUACUAUGGUGAUCUCGUUUACUUUUAUUGGAUCCUGGGAGGAAUGGCCUUUUUUUGUGUAGGCUGUUUAUUUUAUGGUAAACGAGUUGGUUUAUUAUAAUCAUGCAUAAUAAAUCUACAGCAUUGUGGCUUAUAAUUGGAUAAAAUUAAGUCACAAUAUGCUUCUUUUUUUCUUGAUCAAGUGUAAUUAUUAAUUUUUUUAAAUUUGUUCU